AUGGCUGCAGGGUGGAUUUCAGCCUCCAUUCCAUCCCCCACUCCACCCCACCCCACGCCCAUUGGGGCCUCGUCCAGUACUCAACCCUGUUUUAGUCCCUCUACUGCUGUUAGCACAAGGUGCCAGCUGCAGUUUGGUUCAGGGAUAACCAGGACAGCGUGGUGGCUGGGAGCGUCGCUCCAGGACCCCCUCGUCCCCCGCCACACCCGGGCAGUCCCCUCCCGCCAGGCCCAGCUGGACCUGGCGCGGUCUUCAUCUCCCUGUCACCCGCGGUCGCCUAGGGCGGGGAUCGGUGCCCCGGAGCGCAAACUGACGCGUCCCCCCCCUUCUCAUUCCCCCCUCCCACCGCCCAGCCUCUUGGCUGCGAUGAGACAGAGCGGCGCCUCCCAGCCCCUGCUGAUCAACAUGUACCUGCCAGAUCCCGUCGGAGACGGUCUGUUCAAGGAAGGGAAGAGCCCUGGUUGGGGGCCGCUGAGCCCUGCGGUACAAAAAGGCAGCGGGCAGAUCCAGCUGUGGCAGUUUCUGCUGGAGCUGCUAGCGGACCGUGCGAACGUCGGCUGCAUCGCGUGGGAGGGCGGCCACGGCGAGUUCAAGCUCACGGACCCAGACGAGGUGGCACGGCGCUGGGGCGAGCGCAAGAGCAAGCCCAAUAUGAACUACGACAAGCUGAGCCGCGCACUACGCUACUACUACGACAAGAACAUCAUGAGCAAGGUGCACGGCAAGCGCUACGCCUACCGCUUCGACUUCCAGGGCUUGGCGCAGGCCUGCCAGCCGCCCCCCGCGCACGCCCACGCCGCCGCCGCCGCCGCCGCCGCGGCCGCCGCAGCCCAGGACGGCGCGCUCUACAAGCUGCCGGCCGGCCUCGCCCCGCUGCCCUUCCCCGGCCUCUCCAAACUCAACCUCAUGGCCGCCUCCGCCGGCGUCGCGCCGGCCGGCUUCUCCUACUGGCCCGGCCCGGGCCCAGCCGCCACCGCCGCUGCCACCGCCGCGCUCUACCCCAGCCCGGGCUUGCAGCCUCCGCCGGGGCCCUUUGGCGCCGUUGCCGCCGCCUCGCACUUGGGGGGCCAUUACCACUAGACGGGGCGGCCAGGUGCUGCGCGGUCUCUCCCAGACGCCCAGAGCCUCGCUCAGUCC